CUGACGGUCAGGCAGUGCGACUACCGAAACAUGGUGUCGCAAAAAAGGUGCCGGAGAUGAACGCAUUGAAGGCGUGAGUUCUAGCCCGAGAAGAGAAAAAAAGCCGACCCAGAACCAUGGUCUCCAAACUGACUCAUCUUCAGGUAGAGCUUCUGGGAGCCUUGCUGGAGUCUGGGCUGAGCAAGGAGACCCUCAUCAAAGCUCUGACGGAGCAGGACCCCUACCCACCCCAUGGCGACAGCCUGGGGCCCAUCUGCACGAUCCAAGCAGAGAAGAGAGAAACGUGCACGGAAAUCCCAGCUCUCGCCAAUGGGAUGGUGGAGUCCAGGAUGUCUGAAGAGGAAACCUCCGAUGAUGGAGAAGAUUUCACUCCUCCAAUAAUGAAGGAGCUGGAAAACCUGAGUCCAGAAGAGGCUGCUCACCAGAAAGCCGUAGUGGAGAGGCUAUUACAAGAAGAUCCCUGGCGGGUAGCUAAGAUGGUGAAGUCCUACCUCCAGCAGCACAACAUCCCACAACGGGAAGUGGUGGACACCACUGGCUUGAAUCAGUCCCAUCUCUCGCAGCAUCUCAACAAAGGCACGCCCAUGAAGACCCAGAAGAGAGCCGCCCUCUACACCUGGUACGUCCGCAAGCAGCGAGAAGUGGCCCAGCAAUUCACCCACGCUGGCCAGGGCAUCAUGGUGGAAGACAGCAUGGGGGACGACCUACCAGCCAAGAAGGGGAGACGGAAUCGCUUUAAGUGGGGGCCGGCUUCACAGCAAAUCCUCUUCCAGGCCUACGAGAGGCAGAAGAAUCCAAGCAAAGAGGAACGGGAAGCCUUGGUAGAGGAAUGCAACAGGGCAGAGUGCAUCCAAAGAGGCGUCUCCCCCUCCCAGGCCCAAGGGCUGGGCUCCAACCUGGUGACCGAGGUGAGAGUCUACAACUGGUUUGCCAACCGCCGGAAGGAAGAGGCUUUCCGGCACAAGCUUGCCAUGGACAGCUACACUGGGCCACAGCCCGGCUCUGCACUCCCCUUGGCGUCUCACGGCUCCUCCUCCCUCCAGUCCACGGCGCCUCUCUCGCCAAACAAGAUCCACGAGCAAUCUCCUCUACAGCAGCAGGGCCUCUCUUUUUCCGACUCCGCCAUGAGGUACAGCCAGCAGCCGGUCAGCGAGACGGAUUCCUCGAAUGGCAACCAGCACGGGGGAAACAAUGCCAUCGUGACCACUCAGACCAUCCUGCACCAGACCUCAUCCCCCGGGCUGUGUGCAGUCGCUUCCAGUUCUGCUCCAGACGCUAAGCUGAUCUCCGCUCCCGGAAGCUCCCUGCCCCCGGUGAGCACCCUGACGGCCUUGCACAGCCUCGAGCAAAACCCGCACGCCCUGAGCCAACAGACCCAGAACCUCAUCAUGGCUUCGCUCCCAGGGGUCAUGGCCAUUGGACCUGGGGACACUUCUUCCCUCACGCCGGCCUUCACCAAUGCUGGGGCCUCCACCUUGGUCAUCGGCCUCGCCUCCACCCAGCCCCAGAGCGUCCCGGUGAUCAACAACAUGGGGAGCAGCCUCACCACCCUGCAACCUGUCCAGUUCUCCCAGCAGCUGCACCCCUCUUACCAGCAACCCAUCAUGCAGCAGGUCCAGAGCCAUCUCAACCAGAGCCCCUUCAUGGCCACCAUGGCCCAGAUCCAGGCUCCGCAUGCACUCUACGGCCACAAGCCCGAGAUGGGCCAGUAUGCCCACACCGGCCUCCUGCCACAGACCAUGGUCAUCACAGACACCGCCAAUCUCAGCGCCUUGACCAGCCUGACGCCAACCAAACAGGUGUUCACGUCGGACGCAGAGACACACACAGAGUCCGGGAUGCACACGCCGCCGGUGCAGGCUUCCACGGUACACUUGCAGAACCAAGAGGCAGCCAUCCAGCACCUGCAGCCCAGCCACCGCCUCACGUCGAGCCCCGCCGUCUCUUCCAGCAGCCUGGUGCUUUACCAGAGCUCUGACUCCACCAACAGCCACGGCCACCUGCUACCAUCCGCUCAUGGCGUCAUAGAGACUUUCAUUUCAACACAGAUGGCGUCCUCCUCCCAGUAGCCACAGGGACCCCUGGACACUGGAUCGCCAUGGACCCAAGUACAAGGCGCUGUAUGCACCCAAGAUGCCUGCCCCAGGGAAAGGAAGACAGUGGUCACACGCCUAGCCGGGCAUCUCCUCUCUCCUGCACUGCCUUCUGUGAUUCCCCGUUCCACACCCCACAUCCCACAAAACGUUUGCAUGAAGCGACAUUGCAUGAAGCUGCCUUUUGGGGUUGUCCAUAGGGCAGGGCCCCCACUCCUUUAACCCCCUUUAAAAUUAACUGGAAGGGCCCCCCGCACUGGCUGAUUUGCCUUGGGCCCUGCACCCCGCCAGGGUCUCUAAGGACAGCCCUGCUGUCUUACACCGAGUCAGACCCUUGGUCCAUCUAGCUCAGUAUCGUCUACACCGACUGGCAGCGGCUUCUCCAAGGCUGCAGGCAGAAGUCUCUCCCAGCCCUACCUGGAGAUGCUGCCAGGGAUUGAAGCUGGGACCUUCUGCAUGCAAAAAAAUGCACACUGGAGACUGCAUUUGCCAAGAAAAAUCAGAGCCUUGGAAAAUUUGGGAUGGGAUGUUCCCAAAUUUGGGGGGAUGUUCUCCGAUCUUCAGCAGGAGUCCCUUCAUGACAGGAUGAUGGAAUGAGCAUGAACUGGUCAAGAGCAGACCAGUUUUCUAUUUCAACAAACAUGGAGGAACCAACCAGUUUCCAGCAAGUCUUGCAGGAAGAGGGAAAAGGUGUGCUCCAACAGAGACAAUUUCCUCUUGAUUCCUCCUCACACAAUUAUGCUGCAGGCAAGCUGUGUAAAAGCAAAGCCAAGGUCUUUCUUUGGGCAGAGAUUUUCACCCUCCUCUUGUAAAAGCAGGACAUUGGGGCAUAAUAUGGCUCUUUCUCCUCCUCCACUGUGGAAGAAGAUUCCUGCUAUUUCUCUGUCCUUGGGUCUCCAGGGGAUUCAUCCUGUAUGCCACCCCCAGCUCUGGCCAAAAGAGAGCAUUGCCAGGGGGGCAAGGAAGUAUCCUUAAAACAUUUGGACAGAGAAGAGGCUUGCUUGCAGGUCUCAGAAACUGGAAGUUUCUGCUCUUGCUGGCUCCAAAAUGCCGCUUUCACUGGAGACAGGUGUGAUUAAACAUCAAACGAGGAAAAGCUGACACCUUCCUGGUUUUAGGGUGAAUCCAAGCCUGUUCAUAUCCAAGGUAUUAAGAGAAAAAGUCAGAGGGGGAGAAAUAUUGAUCAAGAAUUGUUACGUGUAUGAGCAAACUGGAUCCAAAUUAUAAAGUGGGGGGAGCGCUUAGUACCAUUCCUUCAUAUUCACUGCCUCUGCUUUUUUUGAUCAUGAUACAGGCCCAGUUCAGACACCAUGCUAAACCAUGGCUUAGAACUAUGUCAGAAUGAUCCACAGUGCAUUCCCCUCCUGCGUGACGAGAUUGGAAACUUCCACCUUUGUUUAUGAACUAGCCACAGUUUCCCCCUCAACAUCCAAACUCAAGGAACUGUGGUUUGUUCUAACUGUGGUUAAUUAAUCACAGUUUGAUUCUGGCUUGUUAACUAACUGUAGUGAAAACAAAGCGCAGUUCCAGGUUUGGACUUAAUAAGAGAACUGCGGUUGGUUCAAAAAUAAAAAUGAAAGCUUUUAAUCCCCUCCCCUUACAUGCACGGAUGAAAGAGGAGCGUGCAGUCCCAAGGGUUCUUAGUGGCUUAGCAUGCAGCCAGACUGGGCCAUCAUGUAAAUAGUAUCCACAUUGUAUGCUGGGCAUCUUGAAUCGCCAGAGGUCCUUGUAAUGCUCAAUAGACUCAGACUCCAAAAGCAAUUGCCUGUCCUGCUUUAUCUUGUAAAUUUAUUUAAUUUUGAGUAAAUCAAAAGAAGGGGGGGGAGGUGUCAUCCACAAAGCUAUUGUGCCUGUUUAUAAAGUAAACACAGAUCAGUGGACUUUUAAGGUCACCAAGGCUGCAGGUAGCUGUGUCAGUCUGGAAGAAAAAAACACAGAAGUCACUGUACUUCUAUAAAAAGUGAGAAAGCUUUCAUGCUCCUCAAAACUCAUCAGGCUGGACGUUAAGCAGAAAGAAGAAAAGGAGGUUGCUGGACAAGAUGAAAUAGCAAUAGUCGCAUAUCCCCCAGAAUUAAUUAGAUUAUUUAAGUACCAAAUGUCCCAAAUGCAAAGCAGGCCUCUCAAGAGAAGAACCGAUAGUUGCCAAGAAGUAGAAGUUCCCUCCCAUUCUGCGUUCAAUUGGCCAAAGGCAAUUCUCUCCACCCCUUUUGACUGAAUGGAUUUAUGAGAGUGUUAAUAACCUCUCUCCUCAGGCUUUGAAGCAAAGCCUGCUGGAUCGGUCCCAAACCCAAUCUAGUCCAGCAUCCUGUUUCACACAGUGGCCCGCCAGAUGCCCCUGGGGAGCCCACAGGCAAGAAGUAUGUGCAUGCCCUCUCUCCUGCUGUUACUCCCCUGCAACUGGUAUUGUGAGGCAUCUUGCCUCUUAGGCUGGCGGUGGGCUAUAGCCACCAGACUAGUAGCCAUUGAUGGACGUCCUCCAUGGAUUUAUCUAAGCCUUUCUUAAAGCCAUCCAAGCUAGUGGCCACCACCACAUCCCACAGCAGAGAAUUCCAGAGUAAUUAUGCACAGUGUGAAACAUCCUUUUGUUGGUCCUAAAUUUCAUGGCUAUCAGUUUCAUGGGGUGACCCUGGGUUCUAGUGUUGUGAGAGAGGGAGGAAAAUUUCUCUGCAGGAUAAUGCUGAUCUUGAAUAUCUGUCUUAGACUGUGCAAUUCUAAUGUGUUAACAACUGUGAGAAUACAGUCCAGGAAGGUAUGCAUUCUUUCUAGACUGAUCUAGAACUUAACAAGUUGUUCUGGUAAGAACCAA